AUUCACGAACCUGAAAAAAGACAAAUUAAAAGGCAGGAAAGAGGAGGCCGUCUAAAAAGCUUUGACUUGGACGUUACGCGCCACGCAAAUAUACUCCGAUUUCUCACUCGCUAUAAAACCAACCAACUCCCUCGCAUCUCUCGCUUUUUUCCUUCCGAAACCCAAAAUUUUUGCCUCGCACAAGCGCAAGCAUAAUGAGGGAAGAAGCUAUCAGCUCCGGCGGGACAAUGGAUCCCACAUCUGCGGCAGCCAGUUCUGCUGGGGCGUCUUCACGUGCUGGACCUGUCAAUGAUGGCAAAAAACACAAGUCCAGUAAUGCUCUUGAUUCCAGCAUGGCUUCUCCGUCUGGCAUCCGUUCUAAACAACCUGGGACUUCUAAUCUUGGUUCAGCAAGACUUGCAUGUAGGCCAUGGGAGAGAGGCGAUUUAUUAAAGCGCUUAGCUACAUUCAAACCACUAAAUUGGUCUGGAAAGCCUAAGGUUACCAAUUCACUGGCUUGUGCUCAAAGAGGUUGGAUGAAUGUUGAUGCUGACAAAAUUGUUUGUGAAUCAUGUGGUGCAUGUCUGAGCUUUGUGCUGUUAUCUUCAUCGUCUGUCGCUGAAGUUGAAAAUGCUGGAGAAGCCUUUGCUAAGCAGCUGGAUGCUGGCCAUGAAGCCAACUGUCCUUGGAAAGGUCAUAGCUGCCCUGAAAGCUUAGUGCAGUUCCCUCCAACUUCACAGUCUGCUUUGAUUGGUGGAUAUAAAGACAGAUGUGAUGGGCUUCUGCAAUUUCAGUUACUUCCUAUCGUUGCUGCAUCUGCAAUUGAGCUGAUGCGGGUUUCUCGAGGUCCACUCAUAGAUCGCUUUCUGUCUGUGUCUCAAAAUCUUCCUCACGAAGGAGUUGACCUAAAGCCAGAGGGCUUGCAAGAGCCUGGAGAUGGAGCCCUCUGUCCAUAUUAUCGUGUAAGAGCCCAGAGGCUCAUCAGUCUUUGUGGAUGGGAACCAAGAUGGCUUCCGAAUGUUCAAGACUGUGAAGAGCAUUCUGCUCAAUCAACUCGAAAUGGAUUUUCUUUUGGGCCUCCUCUGCAACAGGUUCAUCCUUCGCGUGAUCUUGGAUUGAGCAAUAAGGCACAUUCUGCUUCAGCCAGAAAAGACAAUGGGAAGAAUAAAAUGGUUGCUGAUGAGUCUAAAUGUGAUUCCAGGUCACCUUUAUUGGAUUGUAGCUUAUGUGGUACUACUGUGAGAAUACUCGAUUUCUUAACAGUCCCUCGACCUAUGCAUUUUGCUCCAAAUGAUCUUCCUGAUGGAAGCAAAAAAUUGACCUUAACACGUGGAGUGAGUGCUGCUAGUGGAAUCAGUGGGUGGGUUGCAGCUGAUGAGGCAGAAAAAGGACAGGCUGAAGACCGUGAUGAAGUAGCAACUACAAAUGAGGGAAAACUUCCAAUGAAUGCAGAUGUUGAUUUGAACCUUACAAUGGCUGGGGGUUUAUCUUUUACUCCUUUGGACAAGAUGAUGAAUGAUGAUAACCUGGAUGAUGUGGAUAUGGGGAGAGAUCUAAUGAUUGGUCAACCUGCUGGGAGUGAGGUCGGCAACCGUGCUGCUUCAUACGAGUCUCGAGGACCUAGUUCUAGGAAGCGGAGCUUGGACAUAGUUGGUAGCUCAGAUGACAGGCGGCACUUGAUUUAUCCAGCUGAUAGCGUUGAAGGAACUGUCAUUGACCGUGAUGGUGAUGAAGUUACUGAUGGGAGGCAGUUUUCUGCUGGACCUUCAAAACGUGUUCGUGAUACAGAGUUUUUUGAUUCACACAGUUCAUAUCCACCUUACUCAUCUGGUGCUGGUCCAAGCCAUUCAGUUGGUCUUGAUAUUAAUAUGGAUGGAAACAGAUUUAGUUCUUUUCGUCGAAAUACUGACUACCAGGUCGCAGGUCCAUCUACUAGGGAUUCAACACGUGCAUCAUCAGUCAUUGCCAUGGAUACGGUUGGUCAUGGUGGGGAUAAUGACUCUAUGGAAAGUGUUGAAAAUUAUCCUGGGGAUAUUGAUGAUGUUCACUUGCCUUCAUCGAGUACGUAUGGGAAUCUCGACAUGAAUGAGACUUCAGAACUGAAUAAUAGCAAUCAGGGCCAGGUAAGCAUUGGCUUCCGACCUGUCGUGGCACCAGGGGAAAUGGGUAUCAGUAGUACAAAUGAUGGCGAAGAGAUUUUCAAUGCUGGAACAGUCACAGUAACAGCUCAGGCUAGGGAUGGGUUUAGUUUUGGGAUUAGUGGAGGUAGUGUUGGCAUGUGUGCUAGUCAUGAAGCUGAAAUUCAUGGGGCUGAUUUCUCGGUACAUAGAGCAGAUAGUGUGGUUGGUGACAUGGAGCCUAGAGUUGAAGAUGUUGACAACCAAGGUCAGACUGGCGAAUCAGUUCCUGAUCCAGGUUUAAUGGACGAGAUUAUUCCUGGUGAGAUAAACAGGGAAGAUCUUCAUGGGGGUGAUAGCCAGGAGAUGUUGUCUCGAUCCGCUGAAAGAGCUGAUAGCGGAUCGAAAGUAGAUGGUUCAACUAAGGCAGACUCUGUUGAAAGCGGAGGAGAAAAGGGAAGCAGAAGCAGUAAGAGAGUAGCAACGGGAGAAAAUGCCCAUCCUUCUCUUUCUUGCAAUGCCAUUAUUGACUCUGGCUGUGAAAGAACGGUUAAUAAGGGCAAGAAAGCUGGGAAAUCCUUAUCAACAAACAAUGGUACUUGCAUAGAAUCAAACUAUGCAGUUGCCAAUGGGAUAGAUCCUCCAAAAGGCGAAAGCAACUAUGAGGAACCUGUGGAGUUCGAUCCAAUUGUUCAUCACAAUGAGUUCUGUCCUUGGGUGAAUGGAAAUGUCGCUGCUGCUGGCAGCAGUAGCCACUGUCAUGGGCGCAGUAAUGUUGUUGAUAUUGAUGCCCUUUGUGGCUGGCAGCUGACUUUGGAUGCGCUGGAUGCAGUUGGAUCUUUGGCUAAUUUUGCCAUCCAAACCGUACAGUCUGAAUCAGCAGCGUCUCUGUACAAGGAUGAACAUCAAACUCCUGGGCAAAAGCUUAUUCGACGACCUUCCGUGAGCAGAAGCCAUGGUCAGCACUGAGAUUACUAGAUCGCCGGUUGUGAUUAUGAGAAUGCAAUUGGGUUAAUCUGUUCUCUCAAUCUCAGAAAUGGGUAAAAGGGGUAAAAAAAAGGAAGUCCAAUCUGUGGAUUGCAUCAGGAAUCGGGUGUCAUAUGGAGGUUGUUCUAUUCAACAUCUAUCUGGGCUCUUCGAAGCAUGCAAGGGGUUUAUGCCCGGACGCUGGUUUUGUAGCCAGCAUAAUGAAUUGAACUCUUGUUUCCUUCUUUCUUUGCAUCGUCACGCCGUUUAAGUAGUCGUAGUAUUGUCAUCAUUAUUAUUUGCUCAUCGCCUCUCCUCAGUCAAUCAAGAUCAACGAAGUAGUGAUGACUUGUUUAAAGUAUGCAGUCUUUGUAUGUGGUUAUAUAUCAAAGACGUUUGUUCAGCUAGGUUUAAUAAUAGGUCCGUUUGUUGGGUUAGGCUGUUUAUUUGGAACCUUUUUUCCUUGUCUAUGGUGUAAUUAGGGUUAAUUGCAUGCAUAAUUGGUCACCGACUUUAUACAUUCUUCUAUGUUUACCUGUGAAAAACAUUAUCUAGCAUGACAGUCAUUAACUCUGCGC